CGUCCCAAACUCGAUCGCACCGCACGCACGAGGGAUCACGAUCCAAGAAGAGGGCGCGAUCGCAGCCGCGCCGGAGUCCAAAGCGCGUCCUGUUGGAGGAGCAGCAGCCAUGGCGCACCACGCAUCGGCGACUACGGCGCAGAAGCGGAAGUGUCCCGACGGGGAGACGGCCGGCAUGUGCGCCGGCGGCUGCGGCUUCUUCGGCGCGGCCGCCACCGGCAACAUGUGCUCCAAGUGCUACAAGGAUCACCUUCUCGCCGCCUCGACCGCGCCUCCGGAGAAGAAGGCCAAGAUGGCCGUCUCCGUCGCGUCAGCCGAUGCUGCAGUCGAGGUCGAACCCUCCGUGGCGUCCGCGAAGCUGCCGGCGGUGAGGGCGAGCCGGUGCGCGGCGUGCCGCAAGAAGGUGGGGUUGCUGGGGUUCCUGUGCCGCUGCGAGGGCACCUUCUGCAGCGUCCACCGCUACUCGGACAAGCACGACUGCGGAUUCGACUACAAGACCGCCGGUCAGGAGCGAAUCGCCAAGCACAACCCGGUCGUGGUCGCGGACAAGAUGACCGGAAGGAUCUGAAGCCCACAAGACCGCCUGAAUCGACCAGACGACGAAACCAUUGAACAUGUGACGUUCGUUGUCGCCAAACCUGUAAUCAGUCUUGGAAAUGAAUUUGUAAGAUUAGUUGAUAGAUUGAGUUCUUGUAAAUUACAAGUCUGGGAAGUGAAUUUGUUCGA